AUGUCACAUUUCGAUCCGGAAGACAGCAGAUUUCCCCCGGGAUCCUCUCAUCGGCCCUACCCGCGCCGUGACGAUCGGGACGGUCGUAUGUACGAUGAUCGUUCGCCUUCCCGAUCACGAUCGCCUGGCGUGAAGGUGGCCCUCCGCGAGGCCCAGCUGCAGAUCGGCGACCCGAACCAUCGAGAGACCGACUCGAUUCCCGACCUCGCUAUCGAAGCCACGACCGCGAUGACUAUCGCCGGCGACCUUCUAGAUCACCGCCACCGCGGCGCGGCAGGCCGGCCUACAGAGAUCGUGAUCGUGAGGGAUAUCGUUCACCCGGAUACAGUCGUAGUAGAAGCUACAGUCGCAGCCGUAGCCCUCGUCGAAGUCGACAGCCUUACCACGAAAAGGAAAGCAGAGAAGUCAUGA